ACAAAAAAGAAGACUAGAAAAGUUUACUCAUUGUUUUGAUAGUUAAAUCAUAAUCAGUUAAUCGUUAUUUAUUGAUUGUCUUAAUGUUAACGUGAUAUAUAAAACUAUAAAUGGAUUAUUUUUAAGUAGUAGAUAAAUAUGUAGAUAACUUUUUGAAAUGAAUUUCGGAGGUGCAAUACGCUUAAAUAAGUUUGGCAUAUUUAUUAUAGUAUGUAUUAUUUUUGUGUUUGGGUUACACAUUUUUUCCAAAGAUACUGAAAGUAAGUCAGAACCUAAAAAAAUAAAUUUACGUACUCUAUUAAACGUGGCAAUAAAAGCAGCAGAAAAUGGUGGCAAAAAGAUAAUUGAAAAUAAAGAUAAUCUAAAUAUUAAAAGUAAAGGAUUAACAAAGGAAGGUCUUCCUGAAAGGGUUACAAACGCAGAUGUAUUAUCUCAUUGUGAGAUGCUUAACACUAUAAGGAAUCAUUUUCCUACCAUUACACUUAUCUCAGAAGAACAUGUCCAAAGCUGUGAUGAUAAAUCUAGUGAUAAUUCUAUAAAAGACUUUGUAGACACAAGAAUUGAAAGUUUGAUUAACGAAGAUGAUAUAACAAUUUGGAUAGAUCCAUUGGAUGCUACUCAUGAAUUCACAGAGAAAUUGUACACCUACGUUACAACUAUGGUAUGUGUAGCAGUUAAAGGUAAACCAAUAAUUGGUGUUAUUCAUAAACCAUUUGAUAAAAGUACAUCAUGGGCUUGGGUAGGAAAAACUAAGUCAACAGACUUAAAUGUUCAAAAAAAGUCUACUGAAGAUAAUCUUAAAGUGAUUGUAUCUCGUUCACAUAAAGGUGAUGUAGAAAAAGUUCUUCAGAAAAACUUUAAACAAAAAAUAGACGUCAUCAUUGCUGCAGGUGCUGGUUAUAAAGCAUUGGAAGUAGCAAAGCAUAACGUAGAUGCGUAUGUUCAUAUAACGGCUAUUAAAAAAUGGGACAUAUGCGCAGGGAACGCUGUAAUCAAUGCUUUGGGUGGGAAGAUGGUAAACAAACUUGGUGAGGAACUAGAUUAUAGCAAGGAUGCAGAAGUAACCAACGAAAAUGGUUUAGUAGCAUCUAUAAAUAAUUAUAAAGAGUUUAUAGGUAAACUCGAUCUUAAUUAGUUGGUAGAUAAUGAUAUCAAUUAUGAUAAUUAUUCAUUAUAUUUUGUUGAUCAGAAUAAAAUUAAAAUUAUGUCUUUA